ACUUCAACUUCAUCAAGUUUAUCCUAAUUAAUUCUCUUUAUUUCUUUUUGAGUCUUUAGGGUUUUUUCUUUUAUGGUGAAGGACGAUGAAGUUUGGGAAAGAGUUUGCCGCACAGAUGGUGCAAGAAUGGCAGGAAGCAUACAUGGAUUACAGUAAUCUCAAGUCAAUAUUGAAAGAUAUACUAAGGUUCAAGCAACUGAACAAGGCACCAUCGCCAAUGGCAGCAACAACAAAAGGGUCAUUGAAGCGAAGGGUGUCUUUUUACAGGGCAUUUAGUGGACUAACAAGCCGGUAUAGAUCAGGUUCUCCAAUGCAGAAUAAUGAAGAUGAAGUGAUACUAGUAAGCGCAGUGCAGGAAGCAGGGAGAGAAGGGGAUUACCAGACCAUGUUUCUUAAGUCAGGUGAAAAAGGAGGAGAGUACGAGCUAGUUUUCUUUAGGAGGCUUGAUGAUGAAUUUAACAAGGUGAUUAAGUUUUACAAGAAGAAAGUUGAAGAAGUGAUGGUGGAGGCUGAUGAGUUGAGUAAGCAAAUGAAUGCCUUGAUUGCUCUUAGGAUUAAGGUUGACAAUCCAGUUGUUGGAGGAGCUGAUAUGGUGAAUCUUGCUGCUAAUGGAUUAUCUUCAAAUUCUUCAUCAGUUGCUCAUCCCACCAAUGGUGGAAAGCAAAUAUGGACAAGGAUGGGUAUCAUCCAAGAAGUUGAGAUGAGCAGUGAAGGAAUAUCAGAAGAAGAAAUUAAGGAAGGUAAUGAUAGAGAGAAACUCAGCGAAGCAGAAGCUAAUAUUCAAGGAUUCAGACCAGCUCCAUUAGACGUCUUAGAUCAUGUAAAGAUCAAUUGUGAGCCUGAAACUCCUAUAUCAACUCUCAAAGGUGUUAUCAAAAGCUCAAAAUCAGACUUAUCAUUCAGCAGGCAGGAGCUGAGGAAAGCAGAGGAGAAAAUAACUCAGGCUUUCGUAGAAUUCUACAGAAAGCUUCGACUUUUGAAAAGCUACUGCUUCCUGAAUCAACUGGCAUUUUCCAAGAUCAUGAAGAAAUAUGACAAGAUCACAUCGCGGAAUGCAUCAAAGGCUUACUUACAGAUGGUGGAUAAAUCUUAUCUUGGCAGCUCUGAUGAGGUUAGUAAGCUUAUGGAAAGGGUGGAGGCUACCUAUGUUAAACAUUUUGCAAAUGGAAAUCACAGAAAAGGAAUGAACACUCUAAGACCACAAGCUAAAAAGGAAAGACAUAGAAUUACAUUUCUAUAUGGCUUCUUCUCUGGCUGCUCCAUUGCACUUAUAGUGGCCAUUAUUGUGAAUAUACAUGCAAGAGAUCUUCUUAGGAGUCAGGGACGUGAUCAGUACAUGGUCAACAUAUUUCCUCUUCACAGCCUAUUUGGUUACAUUGUCCUGCACAUGCUCAUGUACUCCGGAAAUAUAUUCUUUUGGAAGCGUUAUAGGGUCAACUUUUCAUUUAUAUUUGGUUUCAAGCAAGGAACAGAGUUGGGCUAUAGAGAAGUACUUCUUCUUAGCACCGGGCUUUCUCUGCUUGCAUUAGCUGGUGUCAUUUCACAUUUGGAUAUGGAGAUCGACCCCAGAACAAAAAGCUUUGCAGUUUUAACUGAACUAAUCCCCUUGGUCCUGCUCAUUGCCGUGCUUUCAAUAACAUUCUGCCCUUUCAAUAUCAUAUACCGUUCAAGUCGAUUCUUUCUUAUCAAAUGUGCAUUUCACUGCGUUUGUACACCUCUUUACAAGGUCACCCUCCCAGAUUUCUUCUUGGCAGAUCAACUUACUAGCCAGGUGCAAGCAUUUAGAAGUUUGGAAUUCUACAUUUGCUAUUAUGGUUGGGGAAACUUUAGAAAGAGAUUGAACAAGUGUGAGGAGAGUGAAGUCUAUAAGGUGUUUUACAUAGUAGUAGCCAUUAUUCCUUACUGGUUCCGUUUCCUUCAGAGCCUUAGACGUUUGUUUGAAGAAAAAGAUGCAGCACAUGGUCUUAAUGGUCUGAAAUACUUCUCAACAAUCGUUGCAGUUGCCAUUAGGACAAUUUAUCAAUUCCAAAAGCAGAAAACUACUCCCUGGCUGGUCUUGGCUGCAGCGACUUCUGGUAUUGCAACAAUCGCUAAUACAUAUUGGGACAUUGUCAUAGACUGGGGUCUCCUUAGAAGAAAUUCAAGAAACCCUUGGCUGAGAGAUAAACUUAUUGUACCACACAAAGGUGUUUAUUUUGUAGCCAUGGUAUUGAACUGUCUAUUAAGACUUGCUUGGAUGCAGCAAGUGUUAGGUAUUCAAAGUGUACCUUUCCUGCAUAAUAAAGCCUUAAUUGCAGUAGUUGCUAGCUUGGAGAUCAUUCGCCGUGGCAUUUGGAAUUUCUUCAGGUUGGAGAAUGAGCAUUUGAACAAUGUGGGCAAGUACCGGGCUUUUAAAUCCGUACCCUUACCUUUUUACUAUGACUACAAUGGAGACAAGAGUGCAUAAACACUCACCGCACAGGAGAAAUGAUAAGAGAUUGGGUUUUUUUGUUUUGUUUUUUUCUUUUUACACAAAUUCAAUGAAAAUUUCAUUCUAGAUUGCAUUUACUUGUUAUCUUUUUUAAGUUAUUAUUUCAUUCUUUUUAUUGUAAAUAGUGGUAGCAAAAGCAAAAGUACAUUUGAGUAGUCAUAUAAUGUAUAUUGAACAAAAACUAUGCACCAAUUGUCGGGAAAUUAUGCAAAACGCAAUAGAAUUUAAAAUUUUCUUCCCAAAA